AUGAAUCUCCGCUUGGAAUUGACACGGUUCUUGAACCUAUGUUUCGCGCUUGCCUCAGCGUUCAUGUUUUGGAAGGGUCUGUCUAUCGUGACAAACUCUCAUUCACCCAUAGUUGUGGUGCUAUCAGGCUCGAUGGAGCCAGCUUUUCAAAGAGGCGAUAUUCUUUUUCUGUGGAACAGAAACACACUUAACAAGGUGGGAGACGUGGUCGUCUACGAGGUCAAUGGCAAAGACAUUCCCAUAGUGCAUAGGGUGAUGCGGGAACAUAUAGACGGAAAAACUGGCAAACAGCUGUUGCUCACAAAGGGUGACAACAAUGCCGGAAACGAUAUCCCAUUGUAUGCGAAACGCAAAUUAUACUUACAAAAAGACCGCGAUAUUGUGGGGACGGUCAAGGGCUACAUUCCGCAACUGGGCUACGUGACGAUCUGGAUCUCCGAGAAUAAGUACGCAAAGGCCGGCCUUAUGGGACUUAUUGCCCUGAGUGCCUUGUUGAGCAAUGAGUAG